AAAAGGUGUAUCGAUCAAGUUAUUAGCGCCACGGAGGUUUUGAUGUGUGUGAAUACAAGAGACAAACGACUGUAAAGCAUCUCUGUUGAUACCCCGCUGACGUCACCACGCCACAUAUCUUGUUGACAGACAGCAUCGACUCGUCUCUCUGGGAAAAGAGGCAGAAAGUCAGAAGAAGUAGACCCAACGACAAUCGGAGUCAAAGGCGGGUGAAUCAGAUGCCAUUAUCUGUACAAGGGUAUUGAGGACGUACAAAUUUACGUACCAUUCUAGGUUAGUGUCUUCGCUGUGUUGAACUUCAUCUAACAAGGUCUAAGGCAGACGAGGACCGAAGCUAAAAGGGACGUUAAGGAAAAGAAAGAUUAACUAUUUACCAAGGGAUAUUCCAAACUACAGUACGUUGUAUCGCUUGUCGUAGAUUAGACAUACUUCACGCUGGACUGACGACAUCUGGAGGAGGUCUGGUGACCAAAAAUGACUCAGUGGGCGACCUACCGCCUUGUUCUAACAAUAUGCACAGUUAUUCUGAGUUGCCGUAGCAACGAAGUGCGGGUUUGUAAGCAUCCGCCGACGUGUGAGGAACCAAACUGCUACCAAAAAGAAGUGGAAUGUGUAUCCGGCCAGUGCUCGGACAAGGGCCAGUGUGUCUGUGAACCCUGCUGGACAGGACCUUCGUGCGACAUUUACGAGAACAAACAUCAGCCACAAUUCUGGAGAGACGUCGACACAUUUGAAAUAGCAGGCAAUGUAGCUGGAGGAACACCCGUAUUCCAAGUUACCGCCUAUGACCUUGACACUUUGGAGACCUGCCCUACCGGUUGGAAAAACCAAGGUUUGAACUGCACGUGUGCAGAGGUUUUGUACUCCAUCGAUGAGUCAAAUGACCAUGGUCUUUUCUCCAUUGAUCCCCACACCGGUGAGUUGAGCAUCAAAGUUGGGACACCAAUGUUGGAUGAUACCACGUACAAGUUGGUCGUUGGGGCCAGAAACCCGGUCCCGAAUGACGAAAGACAGACGUAUGCCAUCAGUGAGAGAGAUCUCGCGGGUUCUCGUAUCACCCUCGAGAUAACUGUCGCCGAUGUCACAGACGCUGAGCCCCGUGUAUAUGACGAACAUGUCGACAGCGAAUGGCAUGAUAAAGGGUAUUCAAAAAUUGAUGACAUGAUGGACAGUUACUAUGAUGAAGAGGUCCAUUCAAGACAUAAAAGGGAGGUGACAGUGGACAGCCCGAUCCCAGAUAACCUCACGUUCUACUUGGAGAGACACCCAAACAUCACCCAGAUCUAUGAUGGGACCGAGCUGUCGUUCCGGGUGACCAUCCACUUCCCUUCAGGUUCUUCGGAUGUCGUGGUGGAACUCUUCUCAUCGGAUAACGACACGACCCAAGCUAUGUUGUGCAACCCGCGGGUGGUCCACGUGGGGGAUAACCUCAACAUGGGGAAUGUGACCCCAGUUUUGGAGUCUGUAUACGGCAACGGCAUUUACGACAGAGCCAUCCUUAACCUUGGUACAGUGGAAAACAGCGGAACCGACUCGUCCACGCCCAACGCCAGCAUGGUCUUCAUCGACUACAAGGUGUACAAGAUCACGUCUAAUCUAACAGUCUCCGGGGAGGAGUACUGGUUGAGUGCGGGGGCCUCCUUCAACAAUGACAGCGACAUUUGGGUGGCACAGGUGUCCUACAUCACAGAGACUGAUGUUUUUAACACCAGCACCACAGCAAAUCUCACCCUCAACGGGCCACCCCAGGUGGAGAUCGGAUCAGCCGCCAAGUUUACCCUCGAUAUGUACAUCCCUUACCCCACAGCCACAAUAGCUGUAGACGCCUUUACCCCCUAUAACACAUCGGACGUCAUGUCCAUGUGCAGCGUGACGCUGAAAAACACUGGUCUCAACUAUGCAUGUCUGAACAAUGACGCCAUCACCAGCACCAUCUAUCCGUAUGCAGGCGGAAACGGCAAUAAUAGAGGGCGCCUGAAUCUAGGACAGAUGGUUAAUACAGCUGCUCGAGACGAAACCAACUACGUUCACGAUGAAAGCAGGUUGAGCGUGGAAUUUGUUCUGUUCGUCAACGACGACCAGUCUUUUCUAGACCAGGAGUACUGGGUAGGGGCCGCCGUCGAGAUCGGUGAGGACGAGAUCUGGGCUGGUCAACUGGCCGUCACCGCCGUGAACUAUACAGAGAAAGCCAUUAAUACGACUGAAAACUUAUCGUUUUCUCUCACCGCCACCAACGAAUCCCUGGCCAUCGGCGAGUCCGUCCUCCUUGACCUUGACAUCACCGUGCCAGAAAACACAGAGACGGCGUACAAACUGACUGUCCUCACUCCAUUCAACGACACAGCUAGGGCAAAGAUUUGCCACAUUUACGUGGAGUCGACAGGACGGAACAUCCCGUGUGUAAAUCCGGGAAUUCCAGUGUUCACUUCAUUGGACAACAGCUCCGUGAGCACCAAGGCAACCUUGAACCUCGGGUCCAUCACGAACGCGGGAGUGAUCAGCAGCGCUUCUAACAAUAGCGAAAACAUGGUCAAAGUGAAAAUCGCCGUGCAAAUUCUGGAUCACGAGUUGAACUACAACGGGGGCGACCUACAAGUUACGGUCGGAGUGGAGGUGGGACCAGACAAAAUUUGGGUCGCUGAGAGACUGUUCACGGCCGGGAAUGACACUAAAGAAAUAUCGAACCUCACUGCCGCGGAUAUAGCCAUGAGCUACGCAUUUGGGGAUGAGCACGUCCAUAUCAACGCGGUGAAGGACGUCCGAGUGACAAUCACCACCAUGCCCGCGUCCAUAUACUACCCUGGAAGGUUCGAGUUCGUCUUGCCCGUUGAGAAUGACUCGGCCAUAUUGACGGUGUGCCGGGCGGAGUUGAUCCACGUGGGAUCGAAUCUACCGUGCUUUAAUGGCUCUGCUGCCAACUCCACAUUCGUAUACAGUUCGAGGACCAAUGACACAAACCAAAGCAAAGUUGCCAUCGAUCUUGGCUACAUUUGCAACAUCGGCUCUAACACUGUAGCCCAGACCAAAGCAGACCAGAUAAUACUAAAGUUUAUCGUACGCCAAGAAGACCACGUGGCCGUAGAAAAUGGUACUGAGAAAUGGCUGUCGGCGGGCAUGCAGUAUUUCACAAGUGAACUGUGGGUGGGGCAGAUAAAUUCAGUCACUUUGAAGGACAUGAACAUAGUGGCUCCCAGCGACUACGACGGACUGCCACUUUUUGUGACACCUACCGACAAACAAACGUCUAACAUGAUAGCUCCAGGGAGUGUAAUAACCUUCGACAUCAUGUUCAAAGUACCGCCACAGUCGACUGUAGGUUACUCGAUAAGUGUCACUACCAACUGUACGCUGACCGUAUGUGCUCUGCGAUACGUGGAGACAGGUUGGAAUAUCCCGUGCCUUUCAACUACGUCCAUCGGUGAAGUGACCUUCGGAGCUGGUAGCCGGACCACGGCCUCCAUGUCGCUCGGUCACUUUACUAAUAUAGGCUCGACCAAUGUGUCGUACACCGAUGUUUUCGACAAUGAAACCGUGCGCCUGCAGGUAGUCCUCCAACUUACCGGCGAUGAAGCCAUUGCUACAAACGGCUCCGAACACUGGUUCCGCGUGGAUUUAGAUUAUGGGGGAGCACAGCCGGCCAAGGCAGAUGCUUUCGUCCAAGCAAUCCAUAAACAGGCGGAUAACGUCACGACCCUCGACCCAAAUGUGCUGUUCAAUUAUGUCAGUGAGGCGGGCACUCAGUUUGCCGCUGACGGAUCACCCUACGUCACCAAGGGCCAAAGCGUGCGUUUCUCCCUCGAGCUAACUUUACCAGAGAACACAGCAUGGCACAUCCAGGUGAAGUUUCUCACUCCACUAAAUACGACCAGCCUUAUGCAUAUCUGCGAUGCCAGUGUCAUCCACGUCGGCUCCAAUUUUCCUUGUGUCGUUAAAGAAACCGUUGUAAACACCUACGAGUCCAGGACCGGUUCCGCCCACACAGACAUUGGUUCCAUAGACAUGGGAUACGUUUGCAGUAUUCCAACGGGGACAGCGACCAAUACGUCUAACACGAUUAUAUUUGACGCUGCUGCGUCAGUCUUAAGGGACGUCACUCUUGAGCAGGAUGACACGUUUUGGUUUGGCAGUACGGUGACAGUAAACUCUCACGUCAUCUAUGUGUCCCAACUGUCACUGAAGUAUACAGAGACUUUGUCAAACAGUUACACUGAAGCAGCAUCCGCCGUAAUGAACUGCAGCUCUUGCAGCAGUAACAUCACCAACGUUUAUGUCAAUGGGAGCAGCGUAUCCCCGCGACCAACGACAAUAGCAGAGCGUUUCAGCAUCAGCGUAGUAUUAACAGUGCCCCAAAACCUGACCGUGCCCCUCACCAUCGACGUCAGAGUGCCCGUAAACGAAACCGCCGUGAUGACCAUCACCGAUGCUGCCCUGACGCGCGCAGGCGCAAAUCUGUGCGGAUUGAGCCGCCAGAUGGCGAUGGUGACUCCCGUGUAUAACAUGUCAUUGGACAAUAAUCAGGUGACGGGUCUUACGGUUGACCUGCACGCUGUUACAAACACAGGAGUAACCGCUCGUGUUUCCAAUUACACCUACAGUCUUGAGGACGACCAACUCGUAUUUGAUGUCAAUUUACAAAUGGCCGACAGCGUUGCUAACGAACAUCUGACUGUGCAUGCAAUUAACGUCGGCGUCGAGAUUGGAUCAAUGGUGUACGUCGCAAAGGAAUUCAUUGAAAUUCAACGCACAACAAACGAAAAGCCCGAAUUAGAAGUGGCCGUAACCAUGGACACUAGCACAACUUACGCGAAAGGCUCGACCAUAGAAGUGACUGGUAACAUAAAACACACAGAACAGUCAAAAGCAGAAGCGAAUAAUGUCACAGUGAGCUUUUACCUGCCGCCUUCCCUGAACUUCAGCUCAUUUACAGCCAUUAACCUUACCAUGAAUGCUGCCGUAGACGAAAACGGGCUGCUUUCCAUCACGAUUCCACAAUUGCUCUUUGCUGACACAAACAGCAACUCUGGAUGGUUCACGCUUUCCCUGACCGUAAACCCCGACUACGGCCGCGAGAAUAUCGAGUCCGUGAUUGUACCCUAUGAUGCCUGCUUCUACAUGUUUUAUCGCCAAUUUAACGCCAACCCCGACGGAACGGAGUUCUGCUCUUCGCUUCAGGAUCUGGAAUUCACCAUUAACCCUCAGGGAUGGCCAUCCUGCGAGACAGCACUUGGGAUGCAGUCGCUGGCUAUUCAAGAUUGCCAGAUAAAAGGCUCGCCAUCCAGCACUAGUGUGACAGCUGCUCGAUAUGGUUACAGUGGUUGGAAAGGCUUUUAUCGCGGGGAGGUGUAUGAACCUUACAGAUACCUUCAAAUAGAAUUAGGGAACAACACCAAGCUGACGCAACUUCUGUGUAAUUAUGUGGCCGGAAGUGACGUCACGCAGAUCGAGGUGAUGACCAGUAAUGAUGGGCUUGCUUGGCUCUCAGCAAACACGCUGUCCAUUCCUGUGCGGAGUCAGCGGCUCUUGUUGUAUCCGCCUAUCGAGGCACCGUUUGUCCGAUUCUACUUGUACGAUUCCACUUCCGGGCCGUCCGAAAUAAAAAAUACAUUUGAAGUGUAUGGGUGCAACACUGGUGGUAGUAGGGCUGAUGUAUGCAAAGCGCCAGUAUCAAGUACGGAAGCCCACAAAUUCAGAGGUUUUCUGGUAACCACCAGUACGACCUAUGUGUGUGAUUUCAAACCAGAUAUAUCACUACAAAGAGUUUGUUAUUCCACGACAGAUGGAGACACUUGGACUGAAAUGGACUCGCGUGUAGCCAACGUCAUAGGUUUUGACAUAGAGGAAGGCUAUGUGUACGCCGUGGGGACAACAGACGACACGUACCUCGUGGCUCAAGACGGGACAGACACGUGGUACUCGAUCUCUCCGGCCAGGUGGGCAGAAUUCCAGUCCUGCUGCGCGGCUGCUCCAUCCAGAUGCAGGUCUACGGUAGAGGUCUCUUGGCUCAAUAGCGUGGCCAAUCCUUCGUCAUUCAUUCAGGAAAACUGGGGAGCUAAUUUCAAUGGAAUGUACAACAGUGACACGGGAGUAUGGGUUCAACACCUUGACUGGACGGACUAGGACCUCAGAACUGCGAGGAUUAAUGGGACAUAACGAGAACGUCGAUAAUAAACGCUUUGAGAGGAGCUUCUUUUGACUUCGUUUCUCGCACAUAUGUCCCUUGUUACAUGUAUAUGAAAAUGGUAACUGCACAGGUGCAGAGUACCAAACAUGAUUAAAUAUCACUCGUUCAAAGGAUAGACAUUAGAAGGCUUCUAAGUUAGAUGUCUUGUUACUCGCUCAUUUUACGUUAAUUGUGGGAAAAUGUUAACUUCCAUAACUAGUACUGCUGCGCACUUAACUUGUUAAAGCAAGAUUUUGCCUCUCGUUAUAAUUCGUUUUAUGUGAUUUAAAGUAUGGCCAAAACAAUCGUAUACUGAUAUUGUACAAUGAUUAUGAAUAUGCGUCCGAAUAACCGUCCAUUUAUUUAUUUAUUUAUUUAUUUUAAGACUGACAAGGUAAUUAGUACUAAAAACAAAUCCAGUAGCAUUUUAAGCAGCUGUGUUAUAAAUCCACAAACGGGGCACCAAUAUACCAUUAUUCAGAAUGGGUGAGGUCACCUUGAGGAUAUAUUCGACCCAAAGCUCGGUUGAUUGACUGGCCCCGACAAUAUUAUACAGGUGAUACACUGUAAUAUUAUAGUGUUUUAUGUAAAACUGUGAUCAGUGAAAAGAUAUGAAGUAGUUGGCAAAAUUUCGUAUUUUCUGCAAUAUAUGUGUCCCCGCCAGAACUUUGAACUUGACCAAUUUUAAAGCUUGAAAAGAGAUGGAAGACUUUUAUGCUUUUGGCGGACUGGGGGUAGUCUGCAGUGUACGCUACGAUCCGCGCAGAAACUCUCGAUCAUCUGCCUGGGAUUUGGUUUUCAGAUUAUACAGUGUUAAUAGUUUAAGCUUUUUGUGCCAUACUAAAUUAUACUGUGUUACGACAGAUUUAUUUUAGUCAGAAUUUUAUUUAAUGUUUCUUCAUAGAACAGAUAUGCAUGAAUGUGGUUGUACAACUUAUGUGUGAUGAAAUCGCGUAGCUGGAUACACAUACACUGUAUAUAUUCAUGUAAGAAUAUAUACUGUGAUUCAUUGCCCCCUCAUUUCAGUGUUCAACGCUUCCAAGUUACAUAUAUAUUUUAGUAUCUACAGUCUAAAGCUAUUGAAACUUAGAAUGACAUGGAAAUAGAGAACAUGCACUGACCAGGGAGAGGUCGUUUUGUUAUAUUCAAGAUAAAAUGAAAGUAAUAACACAGCUUUGGUCGGUUUUAAGUAUAGAAAUGGUAUCAGUAUCAGGGUAUCAUUUAAUGAAAAUGGAUAUUUGUUCUCCAGUUCUUCAAUGAUCGCCACUCAUAUAACGCCUUGUAGUCGAGUUUUAACAUGAAAUGUGCAUAUGUACUAGUUAUUAUGAUCUGUAGAGUACAUUCACUAACUCUUGGUACAUGCAUCUAAUCCGCCCGCUAAAUGACUACGCGUGAGGUGAAAAUGUCAUUUUAAUUCCAUUGUGCGCAGUUUGUUUUUGUAAAGGCACGAGAUCGGGAAGAUGUCGGGAAUGUUUAAAUUGGAUGGUUGAAAAAAUCAAGAGGAAAUAGCUUAAUUUGCAUGAGUUUUCUCACCACCUGUGGGCACUUCGGCAUUCAUUUUGUUGAGACAAAACCUGCUACAGUGCGUGAAUCAUACUUUAUAUUUAAAAUUCUGCUUAAAUGAUAAGAAACAGCGUGAUGGUGUAAUUUUUUCUUGUGCCUUUACUAAAGGAGAAAAGACCACAUUUAAACGAUGUUUGCGUUAAAUUCAAGUUAGAAUCCCAAAAGUGUCAAUUUAAAGAAAAAUGAAAACUAUUCACUCAGUGUAUUUGUUAUCCAAAAUGGAUUUAUGGGCUACAGUUAAGAUUUAAAGUAUCGAAUAUAUUUCACAACAGAAUUAACUAGAUGGCAAUACUGAAUACAGGUACAGUUACAUCAGACUAUCAUGAUUUUUGUUUAAAUUAAUAUUCGGAUUUUUUCGAGAAUAGAAAAAGAAAAUCGCAUUAAAUAAAUUAGUUAAUUGAUUAAUUGAUUGGUUAAUUAAUUUUUAUGUAUUGAAAUAAUUCAUACAAAAUGUACUUAUCUUUCAUGUGAAGGGACAAGGGCGAAACGAUGCAAAGCGACAUG